AAUACAUCGCCGGUCGAACAUGCGAUAGCACAGACUGACUCUCUACAAUGCUCCGGCCGACAACCUCAAAAUGCUUGCUCUGUUCCUUCAGAGCAACGCAGAAGACGGGACUUUCCGUCUUUCAAUGGCCUAUUCAGCAGACGGCAGGCUUGCAGAUGAAGCACAAGCCCAAUAGGGACAAUGGAAGACCUUCGCGAAUGUCCCUCUCUCCAGCAAGAACAGUCGAAUCCUCGAACUCGAAAUCUGGCCAGGAGAAACCUGCAAGGCGGCGACAAGAUGGUCCAUUUGGAGGCAUGAAUUUGAAGGUUGCUGGCAUACGAGGAGUUCCAGAGGGUGGCAGGACCGAGAGAAAAGAUGGGAAGAAAGAACGAGGAUUCAAAGCCUUGAAGAUGCAGCGUGCAUUAGCACCGGUCUCAUACGAUCAGCGCGUGAAAAUCAGAGCUCGAAUUGCUCAAGUGGAUUCCUUUGACAACUUCGACCUCCUCGAAUCCGUCAAGAAGUCAAUACUUACACAAGCCUUGCAGGGGAUGGACGAUCUUACUCCUACACCAGUGCAGAAGAUUGCUAUACCAGCUCUGCUAGAGGAGAAAGCAGCACGAAGAAGCAAGAAAGCUGGAAUGGAGCAAUUCCUCAUUGCAGCGGAGACGGGGUCUGGAAAGACGCUUUCUUAUUUGGUUCCUACAAUCCACGCUAUCAAAAUUGCUGAGGCAGAGGACGCAGAAGUGGAAGAAUAUGAGAAAGCGCUACAAGAAGAGAAGAGACGACAGAACGAUUUAACUCUGGUAUCGCCUCCCCUGUCAAACAUGCCACAUCCAACUACAGGUCGACCACGAGCUGUCAUACUCGUGCCUACUUCCGAAUUGGUUACGCAAGUGGGAAAUCUUGUGAAAUCUUUUGGACAUACAGUCAAGUAUCGUUCUGGCAUGAUAUCUGCUCAAUUUAGUGGAACCGUGAUUAGGAAUCGCUUGUUUUCCCCUAAAGGCAUCGACAUUGUGAUAUCGACCCCACAUCUGCUUGCAUCCAUUGCAGACUCCGACCCAAAUAUCCUAUCUCGAGUCACACAUCUCAUCAUUGAUGAGGCUGACUCAUUGAUGGAUCGCGGCUUUGCCCCUUUGACAUCUUCGAUCAUUGAUCGAUCAACGCCAUCUCUAAAGCAACUCAUUCUCUGUUCGGCAACCAUUCCUCGAAGUCUUGACGGAUACCUACGAAAACGAUUUCCAGAAAUUCGACGCCUGGUGACACCGAAUUUACAUGCAAUCCCUCGUCGUGUCCAGCUUGGUGUUGUGGAUGUUGAGAAACUGCCCUAUCAUGGAAAGAAGGAUCUUGCCUGUGCAGAUACCAUCUGGUCUAUUGGCAAAGCUGCUGCUGAUCAUGACGGCCCUGUGAAGGGAGUGAUGGAUGUGAAGAGGAUUCUCGUCUUUGUCAAUGAACGAGAGAAGACUGAAGAAGUUGCCAGCUAUCUUGUGUCAAAGGGCAUUGACGCUAUUGCACUAAAUCGAGAUACUUCGGAUCACAGACAAUCGGAGAUGUUGGCAUCAUUUACAACCUCAACUCCACUUACUACCGCGAAAGAUUCUCAUCCAGGAUCUCUCUCAGACAACCAGCCAAAUUAUGUUCCACUUGGGCAGGAAGCCCCGCCUGUUAAACGUCGCCUGCCCAACGUCAAGGUCGUCGUCACUACAGACUUGGGGUCUAGAGGUAUUGACACGCUUGCAGUGAGGCAUGUCAUUUUGUAUGAUGUACCACAUUCAACCAUAGAUUUCAUUCAUAGACUGGGACGGACUGGGAGAAUGGGUAGACGAGGAAGAGGUAUUGUACUGGUUGGAAAGAACGAUAGAAGAGAUGUCGUUGCGGAAGUCAAGGAGGGUAUGUUCAAGGGACAAGCCCUCAUCUAGAAUUCCUCUCUAGCGUCUGCGAUGCGUAUGUAUAUGUAUGAUAAUGUACAAAAUGACAUCAAGAGCAUCCCCUGGAAGCAGCGACUGCAUUGAAGGCCGUGUCUUACUGCGCGGUUACUCCCGAUCGAAGCAUUCCAGGGCCGAAGAACAUUCCGGUGAGCAACAAGCUUCAUUCUUGACAAUUGUCAACAAAGCUCCACGAUUUCUGCAGCGAUUUUUCUGAGCAAAUUAUGAGAAUGGCCUGG